UUGACAGUAGUUUCACUGUACAACUGUCAACAGAAGUGUCACAUUUCUAGCAAAUUCCAAAUAAACAAGUAAUAAAUUUAGAGUUUGUACAAAGAUUGUGAAAAUAAUGAUUGAAAUAACGUGCAACGAUCGUUUGGGUAAGAAAGUGAGGGUUAAAUGUAACCCUGAUGAUACUGUAGGAGAUUUGAAGAAACUGAUAGCUGCACAAACUGGUACUAAAUGGGACAAAAUCGUUCUGAAAAAAUGGUACACUACUUUCAAGGAUCAUAUUCAGCUUCAGGAUUAUGAAAUUCACGAUGGGAUGAACCUCGAAUUGUAUUAUCAGUAGAAUGUUUUAAUUUUAAUUUUGUAUCAUGAUAAAUAAAAAACAGGUUAAGAA